AUGUUUGCGCAAUUUCGGGCUAGCUACGCACGCGUGGAGAUGAGUGUGCAGAAGCUCACCGACUCGAUUGCGGCGUACAAUCCGUCGGUCAGAGACGCGCAAGAACUACUUGCUGCAGACGAAGCUGUCAACCACAACAUCGAGCAGUUGGUCACACAUCAGCAGAAUCACCAACGGCUCGUUUCCCUUCGCGCCACCGCCGACUCGCUCGAUGCCGCAAUCAAGAACACCAUUCGACUGCUCGCCGACACGCGCAGAGAAAUCCAAUCCAUUCCCUCUGUUGACUGCGAAGACAGAAGGGAAGUCGGCGUCGAGGAGCUGCUCCAGUAUGCAAAGUUCAUUGCCCCCACCACCCUUGCUCCGAAUCCCACCUUCCGCAAACCACUACCCGACGAGCACAUGCCCAAGAAGAAGGAAGGCGCCACAGAGGUCGGCGCGAAUGGCAUCGCGACGCCUGUAGACACAGCCCCAGCAUACACCAAGAGUGCCGAAGAAAAGAAAGACCCCGAACCCGCCGCUCCUCCUGCGCCUGCGCCUGCGCCUGCGCCUGCAUAUGACUUCGUGCCGUGGCCCGACUAUGGCAAGAUCACUGCCGGUGCGCUGGGAGACAUCCAAAGAAUGCUGGACGCCGGCCAAGAUCCGGCCGCCGUGCUCAGUGCUGAGGAGCAGGCUGAGGUCGACACAAAGCGGAGAGAGCAGGAGGCCGAGGAGAGAAGGAGAGCAGAGGAGCUAGAGAGGCAGCAGAGAGAUGCGUUCGGGGACUACUCGAGUGGCAGGAGAGGAACGGUGGUAUUCAAUCCCGAUGACUUGUGA